AACCCGGCCCCGCCGCCCCGCCGGGAUGGCCGCGGCCGGAGAGCACUGAGCCCCGGCACCGUCCCCUCCGCCCCCACCGCUCCGCGACCCCCGCCCGGCCCCGCGCCCCCGCCCCGGCUCCACAGCCGGCGCCUCCCCACCCCCGUCCCUGCUCCCGCCCUCCCCGCGCCGCUCGCAGCCGCAGCCCCCGGACCGGGAGGAAUGAGCGAGCCAUGAGGCUGCUGCAGCGCUGGGCGUUCGCGGCUCUGCUGCUGCCGCUGCUCCCCACGCCCGGUCUUGGGACCCGGGGUCCUGCUGGAGCUCUGCGAUGGGGGAGCUUACCCCAGCUGGGAGGCCCAGAAGCCCCUGAGGUCACGGAACCCAGCCGUCUGGUAAGGAAGAGCUCCGGGGGAGAGGUCCGAAAGCAGCAGCUGGACACCAGGGUCCGCCAGGAGCCACCAGGGGGGCCGCCUGUCCAUCUGGCCCAGGUGAGUUUCGUCAUCCCAGCCUUCAACUCAAACUUCACCCUGGACCUGGAGCUGAACCACCACCUCCUCUCCUCACAAUAUGUGGAGCGUCACUUCAGCCGGGAGGGGACAACCCAGCACAGCACCGGGGCUGGAGACCACUGCUACUACCAAGGGAAGCUCCGGGGGAACGCGCACUCCUUCGCCGCCCUCUCUACCUGCCAGGGGCUGCAUGGGGUCUUCUCUGAUGGGAACGUGACUUACAUCGUGGAGCCCCAAGAGGUGGCUGGACCUUGGGGCGCCCCCCAGGGACCCCUUCCCCACCUCAUCUACCGGACCCCUCUCCUCCCAGAUCCCCUGAGAUGCAGGGAACCAGGCUGCCUGUUCGCUGUGCCUGCCCAGUCGGCUCCUCCAAAGCAUCCGAGGCUGAGAAGGAAAAGGUCCGCCGGGGCCACCCUACAGUGCACAGUGAGACCAAGUACGUGGAGCUAAUUGUGAUCAAUGACCACCAGCUGUUCGAGCAGAUGCGACAGUCGGUGGUCCUCACCAGCAACUUUGCCAAGUCCGUGGUGAACCUGGCCGAUGUGAUAUACAAGGAGCAGCUCAACACUCGCAUUGUCCUGGUUGCCAUGGAAACAUGGGCAGAUGGGGACAAGAUCCAGGUGCAGGAUGACCUCCUGGAGACCCUGGCCCGGCUCAUGGUCUACCGACGGGAAGGCCUACCUGAGCCCAGCGAUGCCACCCACCUCUUCUCGGGCAGGACCUUCCAGAGCACCAGCAGCGGGGCAGCCUACGUGGGGGGCAUCUGCUCCCUGUCCCGGGGUGGGGGUGUGAACGAGUACGGCAACAUGGGGGCGAUGGCCGUGACCCUGGCCCAGACGCUGGGGCAGAACCUGGGCAUGAUGUGGAACAAACACCGGAGCUCAGCAGGGGACUGCAAGUGUCCCGACAUCUGGCUGGGCUGCAUCAUGGAGGACACUGGGUUCUACCUGCCCCGAAAGUUCUCGCGCUGCAGCAUCGACGAGUACAACCAGUUUCUGCAGGAGGGUGGUGGGAGCUGCCUCUUCAACAAGCCCCUCAAGCUCCUGGACCCCCCAGAGUGCGGGAACGGCUUCGUGGAGGCAGGGGAGGAGUGCGACUGCGGCUCGGUGCAGGAGUGCAGCCGCGCGGGUGGCAACUGCUGCAAGAAAUGCACCCUGACUCAUGAUGCCAUGUGCAGCGACGGGCUCUGCUGUCGCCGCUGCAAGUACGAGCCACGGGGUGUGUCCUGCAGAGAGGCCGUGAACGAGUGCGACAUCGCGGAGACCUGCACUGGGGACUCGAGCCAGUGCCCCCCUAACCUGCACAAGCUGGACGGUUACUACUGUGACCAUGAGCAGGGCCGCUGCUAUGGAGGUCGCUGUAAAACCCGGGACCGGCAGUGCCAGGCCCUUUGGGGCCAUGCGGCUGCUGAUCGCUUCUGCUACGAGAAGCUGAACGUGGAGGGGACAGAGCGUGGGAGCUGUGGGCGAAAGGGAUCGGGCUGGGUGCAGUGCAGUAAGCAGGACGUGCUGUGUGGCUUCCUCCUCUGUGUCAACAUCUCCGGAGCUCCUCGGCUAGGGGACCUGGUGGGGGACAUCAGUAGUGUCACCUUCUACCACCAGGGCAAGGAGCUGGACUGCAGGGGAGGCCACGUGCAGCUGGCAGAUGGCUCCGACCUGAGCUACGUGGAGGACGGCACGGCCUGCGGACCCAACAUGCUAUGCCUGGACCAUCGCUGCCUGCCAGCCUCCACCUUCAACUUCAGCACCUGCCCCGGCAGUGGGGAGCGCCGGAUUUGCUCCCACCAUGGGGUCUGCAGCAAUGAAGGCAAGUGCAUUUGUCAGCCAGACUGGACAGGCAAAGACUGCAGUAUCCACAACCCCCUGCCCACGUCCCCACCCACGGGGGAGACGGAGAGAUACAAAGGUCCCAGCGGCACCAACAUCAUCAUUGGCUCCAUCGCCGGGGCUGUCCUGGUUGCAGCCAUCGUCCUGGGCGGCACAGGCUGGGGAUUUAAAAACAUCCGCCGAGGAAGGUCCGGAGGGGCCUAGGUGCCACCCCCCCUCCCUCCAAGCCUGGCACCCAUCGUCUUGGCCCUGAACCACGAGGCCGCCCCCAUCCAGCCACGGAGGGAGGCACCAUGCAAAUGUCUUCCAGGUCCAAACCCUUCAACUCCUGGCUCCACAGGGGUUUGGGCGGGGGCUGUGGCCCUGCUCUUGGCACCAUCAGGGUGGACCAGGCCUGGAGGGCGCUUCCUCCACAGUCCCCCACCCACAUCCUGCGGCUCAGCCUUGCACACCACUCCCCCCCCGUGUGAAUGUAGCUUCCAUUUCACGGAUUGCCGCAGCUCAACUCGGGGGCCUGGAGGGAUGCCCCCAGGCAGCCACCAGUGGACCUGGCCUGGAUGGCCCCUCCUUGCAACCAGGCAGCUGAGACCAGGGUCUUACCUCUCUGGGACCUAGGGGGAAGGGGCUGACAUCUACAUAUUUUUAAACUGAAUCUUAAUAGAUGAAUGUAAACUCGGGGGUGCUGGAGUCAGGGCAGUUGUGGGGAUGUUUUGACACUGACAGGAGGGCCUGGAGGAACUGAGGUGUGGCUGUCCCCCAGACCCUCCCCUGGGAUGACCACACCUGGAGUCCUGUCACUGAGCACAGGCAGGGGCCGGGCAUCCCAGCUUGCCCCCAGCCAGCCCCACUGAGCUUGGAGGAAGUAUGUGUGCUGAUUCAAACCAAAGCUGCCUGUGCCGUACCCAAGGCCUAGGUCAUGGGUACGGCGACCACAUGUCCCAGAUCGUCUUCAAUUCCAAAACAACCAUCCUGUCCCUGUCAGGAUGCAGGGAUUUGGGGGGAGGGGAAUCUAGAAAAUAUAGUCCCUGAAAUAAAAUGGCACCUUCCCCCUUUCAAGAAGGGUGAUUCUGGGGCCAACUCAGGGUUUAGGUGCCCCCUGGUGUGGCCUAGAUGCCCCCGCCUGGGCCAUCUUUUCGGAGAGGACUCUCUGGAGGUGAGGCCUAGGUAGCCCCGUGCCUGCAGGGUUAGGGGCUCUGCCUGGGAUAAGCAGGAGGAGGUAGAAAAGGGAGGUCUCACAGACAUUCCUAGGCGGCCCCACCAAGUCCAUUCCACUCCCUCCCCAGUUCCAGGGCCGAGUAGUAAGUUUACAGACGAUUCCCCCAGUACAUGCCCCGUCCCUCCCUGCUGCAGCCGAGCCUGCCAGCCAGGUGGAGCUCCUCAGUCUUCACACGGUCCACCGGCGGCUUUCCCUCAUGACCCUGGCUUCAGAGGAAGGAACUCUGGCUCUUUGACCUUAAAAGAUAGCUGGCAGGGGCCAGAUGGGGGCCAGCUACCUGAUGGAUGAAAGCCACAAGUGAAUGCGGUUCCUGUCACCAGGGGCACCCUGGCAGGGAGCUCUGAAACCCCCAGGCCCAUGAGCUGUUUGUUUGAACCCCUCUGUUUCUGGGGCACCUUUGAGGAGGAGUUGUGGAGGGAAUCGUUCCCUGUUAAUUCACACCACCCUCAGGGGCAAACAGGCCUGGGACCCACUGACCCCAUUUGGGUGGCUGCAUGCACCCCACAGUAGUGGGGUCCGCAUACAGCACUCCAGCUGGCACUGCCCACUCAAGGGCUGAGUGGAGGCGCCCCGUGGGCAGCUCUGCUCCACCAGCCCUGCAAGCUGAGGUGGGGCAGGGAAGGGCUGGGUGUUGCACUGUUGCUGUGCUACCUGAAGGCAUCCGUCCUUGGGUGGUGCACCCGUGCACAGGCACAGUGCAUCUGGGCACAGCAUCUGGAUCCACACCUCUGCACAAGUGUGAAUACCUCUGCACACAUGGGCAUAUCUGUGUGUGCACGUGUACAUAGGGGUGGGGAACAUGAGACUUCCUGUGACCAGUCACCCUGGCUCCCAGUUGUCUGCAUCUCCCUGCCCCGCCCUAGCGAGUGCCUGCCCUGGCGGAGGCCAGGGAGGAGUGGAGGCUGCCUCUGCCUGGGCCUUCACACAGCAUCCUGUACAUACGUCACCUGGGGCGGGGGGUGGGGAGGCAGGGACAGGAGCAUCAAUUAAAGAUCACGUCUUGGGGCUUCCAGGGAGCUCACACUAA